AGGACGAUGACGUGAUUGAUACUCCCAUUUACUUAUCACUGUUACGUGGAUUCAGAAACAACUUAAAAGAGUUGGAGGAGAUAUGGUGGGCAAAGCAUCUGCAAAAGUUGGGAAUGAAAGAUGGACGGGUAAAAGAUUGUCUGCAAAUAAUUUGGACCCGCGUCUCUUCCAUUGAGCAUCAUGGUCAUGUCACCACAAGUUCAAAGACAGGUGUGUGUGAUGCAAGCAAUCUCUCCUUCAUGA